UUUACAGGAAAAUAUCUGGUUUUGUUCUUCUAUCCCCUCGAUUUGUAAGUACUACAUACCCUAUAUUAUGUCUUAAUUAAUAGUUGAAAUUUUACGGGUUGAAGCAUUCUUCGUUUAGCUCAUCGAUGACUUUGACUAUCUAAGUGUGUUUAUCGUUCUUGUUAUUUUAUUUACUUUUGGUCCGCUGCGACCGAUCCAUCUUAACAUUUUAGAAUCGCGUAAUGGUUUUCAAGUUUUGCACACUCAGCUGCCUUUUAUAGUCGGAAAUAUUAAACCCUUUUAAUGUCGACAUGGUUGAAUGGUAGGCUUAUAAUCAGAUUUUUACGACGGACGUGCGUUGUAUCAUCUGAACCCUACAACGGUUGAACCGCGACAAUUUUUGCACGGUCGUCGCCUUCUUCACCUUUCCCGUUAUUUAUGCUCACUAUCAACCGAACACCUAGGACAUUUCACGGUCGGUAGCUUGGUGAGGCGCUGUGAUUUUCCAGAUUGAAGCUUUUAACCGUUUCACUCAGUCUUGUCUUGGUGUUCCUAUUGAAAACUUUUGAGUCUGUGGAUGAAAUUCUGUGUUGUGAUCGACCAUUCACAUGAAAACUCUUUGGUUCUACUUUCACAUAGUCUCAGUUAUUUGUUUUUCAACACUUUACAAAUUGGAAUUUGGAAAUUUUGCUUAAUUUUGACGUAAUGGUGAAUGUUUUUCAUAAAAAUUGAUGUGCUUUCAAAAAUCACCUGUCCCUGGCUAUCGAGCUAGUUUAUUUCAAAUUUCAAGAUUCUACAUCACAGUAAUUGUAAUUAAAGUGCAAUUUGUGCGACUUAUUCGUAAUGACAUUAUAAAUAUUAAUAAUUUUUAUACUGGGCCGCUAAAUCUUGUUAUGUUUUCGAGGCCUAAGGCCCGUUGCGAUUUAUAUCUAUCUGAUCAUCGGCUUGAUUUCUAAGCUUAAGUAAACCUCAUUUAUCUUGUAAAGUAAACUUGGAAAUUGAACAUGGGAACUUCAGCAGCCGAUAUGCUCAAUUUUUCAUUGUUCUUACACGAAACGGAAUAAAUGGAAUCGAAUUCUUUCGUCCAUGUAAUGGAUCUAAGUGCGAUUUUGGGUACAUCAUUUUUUGUGUAAGUUUUUUUUUUCUGCUCAGGAAUUUGGUGACUGAUUCAAAAAGGUGCUUUUUUGCCUUCUACUUUUCGAUUUUCUCCUCCACGGCCUAAAAAACUUGCCUGUUUGUUGUUUAUCUAUAAACAACUUUUUUGAGUACUAGUGUAAAAGAGACCUAUUAAUUCCUAUUUAUUUAUGAUUUUUGUUCAAAAAAAUUUUUGUUUAAAAAAAUACCGGAAUAUCCUUCUGGAGUUUUGCCCUCAAGCAAAUUUUUAAUAACCUGUUUUGCAUCAAAGGACCAAAAAUCAAGAAAAUGUUUAGUGUAGCUACAAGUAUAAUUUUAUCCUCAUUUCUUGGGGAUAUUCACUCACUCACUGCUUCUACAGUAGCUCCUUUUUUGUGUACAGGCAUACUGAAGUUUGUUUUUUAGAUGAACUAGUAAAUUUAAAUGUUAAAUCAUAAGGAAUACAGAAGAGUUAUUAGGAAAAUAUCUUGAUCACUGAAUAUUUUGUUUUGUUUUAAAACUGUUCAAUUAAAUAUGUUUAAGGUAACUAGCCUCAAGCAAAUUGACUAUUUGUUUUUAUUUCUGUUUGCUGAAUAUUUUAAUCAGCAAAAAGCUAUCCAAGAAUCACUGCAUUUUUUUUUUAUCCCUAAAGUUAAUGUAUGUAUGUAUUGUGUUUUGUUUUUUGAGCACAGAGAAAAAAUACUUAAUGUCAUACUUUGCUGCCUGUAAGAAAAUAAUUUGCUGUGUUCUUCUGAUUGCGCAUCGUGAAUGAAAGCCUUCUGAACCAGCUGACUUUACAAACUACAGUUGAUUCAAACCAUCACUAACUCGGACCUUGUUCUAAGUCGAACCAAAGUCGAUUUCCUCCAUACAUUUACUGUCAUUUCUAACCCUUGACAACUCAAACCUCCCACUAACUGGAAGUAAUUUUUGUUUCCCUUGAGAUCAUUCCUAUAUAAUUUUACCUUUAAUCAUAACUAUAACAAAAUUCUCAAAUCUGAUUGGCUAUCAACUGCCCUGAUUUCAGCCUUAAUUGGACAGUUUGAUAGGAAAGUACACGUCAUGCCUAAGUAAUUGGACAGUACAUGCCAUCACGCGCGCGCUUUAAUGGCUUUUUUUUUCACUGCUAACAAAACAAAAUUUCGAAUUUCUUGUGUUUUGAUUUAAAGAAUAGCCUAUUACAUCACAAAUUUCAGGGGUCGAAAUGUUCCCAGACUCUUUACCUGUGUCUGGUGACAGGUAGAAUAUUUUUUUACCUGUCUCCACCAACAUCCAAGCUGAACAAUAAUUUAAACAUUUAUUUUCCUUUUUUUAGCGAUAACAAAAUUGAACUGUGGUUUUACAAUUGACAAUAUUAGUAAUAAAAUGAUAGAAGCAAUGACAUGUCAGUUUAUUUUGUCUCAGCCUGUUUAGGCCNAACUACAGUUGAUUCAAACCAUCACUAACUCGGACCUUGUUCUAAGUCGAACCAAAGUCGAUUUCCUCCAUACAUUUACUGUCAUUUCUAACCCUUGACAACUCAAACCUCCCACUAACUGGAAGUAAUUUUUGUUUCCCUUGAGAUCAUUCCUAUAUAAUUUUACCUUUAAUCAUAACUAUAACAAAAUUCUCAAAUCUGAUUGGCUAUCAACUGCCCUGAUUUCAGCCUUAAUUGGACAGUUUGAUAGGAAAGUACACGUCAUGCCUAAGUAAUUGGACAGUACAUGCCAUCACGCGCGCGCUUUAAUGGCUUUUUUUUUCACUGCUAACAAAACAAAAUUUCGAAUUUCUUGUGUUUUGAUUUAAAGAAUAGCCUAUUACAUCACAAAUUUCAGGGGUCGAAAUGUUCCCAGACUCUUUACCUGUGUCUGGUGACAGGUAGAAUAUUUUUUUACCUGUCUCCACCAACAUCCAAGCUGAACAAUAAUUUAAACAUUUAUUUUCCUUUUUUUAGCGAUAACAAAAUUGAACUGUGGUUUUACAAUUGACAAUAUUAGUAAUAAAAUGAUAGAAGCAAUGACAUGUCAGUUUAUUUUGUCUCAGCCUGUUUAGGCCUUUGGUGCCCAUAGGCAUCCACUAGUCUCCUGGGUUUUUUAGCAUCAUCCAUCCAUAGUUCAAUGGCAGGCUCAGGGUUAAAGUUCUUUACAGUGACCCUGCUAAGGGCAACAUGCAUGAGGUCAUUAAGUGAGUCUUCUUUGAGUUUGCACCUCCAGUCAGAUUUCACUCUAUUCAUAAGGCUGAAGCCAUGUUCAACACAAGCAGUUGAGUAAAUCAAAACUAAUAAUAUUUUUACCAAACUCAAAAUAUUUCUUAAUUCUGAGUUGCCUUUCUUUCUUAACACCUUGGGCCAAAACGUUUCAAUUGUACGGCCAUCACUUGUAGUGGUUGCUAAAACAUUUCUUACAUGCUCCCACAAAGAAACUCUUUCUUCUUCUAUCUUCCCUGGUUCAUAUAGCCUUUGAUAAGUAACAGAUCAUGGAAAUGACAAACUAAUUUACUAAUUUCAACUUUACCAUACAGUGAAAUGUCAUCUCCACCACAAUCUGGUAGUCUACUUGUAUCAAAUAUUGAAAAUAAGGACAUUUCAGGACAUACAUCAAUGUUGCCAUCAUUCAAUGGCCCGAACCUGUCAGUAACAGUUUGCCUUAGAUGGUUCACCAAUUGUUCACUUUGAUUUCUAACAUUGUUUUCAUGCCUUGUUCUGCUCUGUUUCAGUUGAACAUCUCUGAAUUUUCCAUCCUUUAUGUGGGAAUCCUUAAAUUCCUUUAUUUUAUUCUCACAGUCAAAACUUUGAAGUUCCCUUUUGGUACGUUUGAUCAUACUCACAACAGUGUCUAUGCUUACAUCAUCAGAUUGCAAGACACAACUUAAACUUGCAAAUAUAGCUAGUAAGACUUUAAAAACAGCAAAUAUAAAUACAACAAGGUUCUCAUCUAGAAGUUUUUCCUUUAGUCCAAGAGCCUUGUUUCUGGUUUCUUGCCUCUGAGUGUUGUCCAGGUUGCAUUCUUGUAACUGGGCAGCAUUUGCAACAUAAUUUCUAUCAAGUGCUUUCACAGCUUGUUCCCUGUGUGCUACCCACCUUGUACCUUUGGCUGUGGGAUGAACCACUGAAUUGACUCCUAAAAGUUCUGCUGUCUUUUUUAGAGAUCUUGACUGGAGGUUACUGUUGGCAUAGAAAUGAUAGAGCCCAUCUAGUAAACUGUGUGCAUCAUUAUACAGUGGUAUCGUCUUUACUGCAUCUUUAAACGACAAUUCCAGACGAUGAUUUGCACAAUGAAAUUCCAACAGCCAUUUAAUUUCAUUUCUGACUAGUUUGCACAUGUUUUUCAUUACAUGAGGUCCAUCUGUUGCCAGUUGAACACAUUUGCUUUUCACGUCCACGUCAAGAGUAGAAAAGGUUGCAAAAAAGCCAUCUGCAAGGCCUUGUGCUGUUGCACGUCCUUCAACUCCAACGAUUUUCACAAAAUCUAUACAAGGCUCGCAGUCCUCAUCUAGAUAUGAAACAAAGUAGGACUCCUCUUCGACAUUGGCAGAGUCUGUAGACCCAUCUAAUGCAACAGCAAUAAAUUCUGAACUGUUAAUUUUGCGCAAUUUCGUGUCACUCUCAUGUUUGGCAAUGUAAUGAAUAAAUUCAUUCGCUUGUUUAUCACUAUUGUAGUGUUUUGUUAGGAUCUCAUCACCAUAGUUUGCCGCUUGGAGUUCUGUUAACUUGACAAAAUCUGUGUACGGCUUUUCGUUUUUGGCCACAAAAAACGCAGUUGUGAACAGUUUUUUCAUGAGGUCAGUGUUGUGGUUUUCCAUGUUAAUCAGCGCUUUGACGAUGGGCUGCUCUGCUGGACGUUUUUUACUGUUUAAGAACGCCGAGUGGCUAGUUUUAUGAGCAUUGCUUGCUUCAUGUGAGCGGACAUUCUCCAUGCGCAUCGAUUCACAACCUGUGAUGAAUUUGUUUCUGCUUGUUUUGUCAAACACUUUGCAGUAAGAACAGAACAUCUUUCCAUCCUCCAACGACAACCAUGGACGCCCAUCUAAUUCCAUUUCUCAUUGAACUUGAAUACUCGUACAUUAUUACGUUUCGUUGUCGGUGCUGCCAAAUUCUCUUCUACAUGAACUUCUUCCACUUCCGCUUCCUUAGCACUUUUUCGCUUUAGCAGAAAGCGAUCCGUAUCAUCAUCCGAUUAUAAUGUUUCGAUCGACGAAGAAGCAAAGCAAGUCAUAUGGCAUUUGUUAUCUCGUCAUGCGCACUACAAAGAUUGCAUCAUCUCGUUUUUAUUGAGUAGAGCCUGGUAACUACCGCAUAUACCGUGCGAGUCCUGUGCGAGAACUCCAAUGAACUGAACGAGUGAGCACGCAUGCUGGUGGAAAAUGGAUGGAAAUAUUAUUCAAAUUGAUAAAUUAUGAAUUAUUGAGGUUUUUCUUGCCUGUCGCCAGCGACAGGCAUCAAUAUUUUUUACCUGUCACUUCCUAAAAUUACCUGAAAUCGACAGGUAGACAGGUAUUAUUUCGAACCCAGAAUUUUGUUAAAGUUAUGAUUAAUUGGUAACAGAACUUCGUGUCGUCCAAUUCGGUCUGUAAUCAUACUCGUGAUUAAACAAAUCGGACUCCCGCUAUGCGGUCGUCCAAUUUUGUUAAUCACUCGUAUGAUUACAGACCGAAUUGGACUCCGCUCAGUCCUGUUACCAUUACUAAUAACUUGAACCAUGUUUUUAGCGAGUGGCAAGUUGGAAAAAAAAGAUUUACUGAAGUUCGAAACAUAAAAAGAUUUACUGAAGUUCGAAACAUUGAAUUUAUUUCAAACAACCAUGUCAAUUCUUUGUCUUUAGUUUUUGUCUCUUCAGUUCAAUGUUAAUAGUGUCCAUCCCUGUGCAUGAUACUUGCAUUCCCUCCCUAAACAUUUGCUUAUUUGCUUAUCAAUUAUGUAGCUGUUAGUUAAUCCGAUAUUGUCAGCAAAGCUGUUAUCCUUUAAUUUUUAUGAACUGUCCAAUUAAGGGUUAAUUUGGAUAGUUUCAGGUAGGGCUUUGCAUUUGCUUUACAAAUAGGCAAACUGCCCAAUUUAAGAAAAAUAGGACAGCUGGUCUGAGCCAAUGAAAUGCCAAAAAAUACAAUAGGCAAUGCAAACUAGCCAAUCAGAGCAACGACGUCCCAGUGACAACACACCAAAAAAAGUUUCAUUGGCUGACGGUGGUUCGUCGGCAAACACUAGUCUUGGCUUCUUGUUGCUGUGAAUGUCAUUUUGUUUUGCUGCUGUUUUGUUUUGGCUUCUUGUCUGAGCCAGUUAAAAGGAAAUUUAUGACCAAACUGAUGAAGGUUUGUAUUGGAAACAGUCAACGCGUAGAAUCAUGAAAAUGUACAAGCACUGAAACUUUGGACAAGAAUAAGAAAACACUGAUACUUGACUUUAGAAAAAAAAAAACAGACAAAGUGUGCGGAAAUCGUUUGAGGUAAUGAAUGAAAUGUUUAUUUUCAAUAGGUUUUGUAUUUAAAUUAGUGUGUUUUUGUUUCAACUACAAACGGUUUGAGUGUACUAUAUUUUGCAUCUGUGUCAGGCUAAAAAAUCUGUAUUAACUAACCAGCUAUAUAAUAAUUAUUAUUAAUAAGUAAGAGGACUACAUGCUUGUCCAAUUUGGAAAUAACUGAAUUCAAAAAAUUCCUCUGACAGCCAAAUUUUGGCUGUCCUCGGAAUUUUUUUCAUCCAAUUAUUUCCAAAUUGGACAGCAUGUAGUCCUAUUACAUAUACUUACAGUUAUUUGCUUCGAACUCCUGAUGACUCAAACCUUUUUCGAUUUCCGUAGAAGGUAGUGGUGGGAAUGGGUUUAGAUUUCACAAUCGAUCAUCGGAAAUAAUAGGAUUGCCCCAAUCGAUCGAUCAUCGAUUAUAAUCGGUAAAAUCUACCAAUGAGCAUUCCAUGUAUUUUUCACCUACGUAGAAGUCAAAGUGAUAGAUUAAAGUUUUUAAACUGUUUUUGAGUUCAAGAUUACAUUGCAGCAGUUCAAUGAGACUGACACGAAAUCAACAAAACACGCGUGCCACAAACCUUUGUUGGUUUAUUGCUUUCUGCAGAGCCUACAGAUUACCUUUGUCAUAUCCAAGUUUUCCUUUGUUUUGGGCCCUUCCUUAAGUUGAUAAAAACCAAAAUAUUCCCACACUUUUGACCUGGCAUUUCCAGGAUAACGACAGAUCUCCAACUCGGCCAUUUCAGCUGCCAUGUUGGACUCGUCAGCAACAUGUAAGCGAGGCAGGUCUGAGAGAGGACCCUGGGAAUUAAUUUGAGGUGACAUUUCGCUGCGAUGUUGUUUUUUAAUACCUUUCAUUCGCUAGUGAUAGUAGUGAUAUUACAAACAUGGAACACUGAGCUUGUAAUUUAUGUUUUGGUUCAGUUGUUUACGAAAUACAAGGCAUCUUAGCAUGCCACAUCUUUCAAAUAAGCGUGGUGUAUUUGAAGUGACAACAACACAGUGCGCAGGGUACGCACAGGUAAACACAUUCAAUCUUAGAUUAUACCUGCUGUUAUGACUUAGAAGUUAGGAGUCCACGAAAAAAGAUAACUCACACCAAGAUAUUAAACGUACAUCUUUAUUGAUUUUAAUACUUUAUUUGUCACCAAUAAAUUUUUAAUUUUUCCGCAACAAUCGAUUAUGAAAAAAGCAUAAUCGAUUGUCGCAUCACUUGAACUUUUUGAUCAACUUUCGAUUAUAAUCGAUCAUCGGCCCACCACUAGUAGAAGGUUCAAGUUAUCGCGAUUCGACAGUAGAUAAAUAUUGUUUCUCAAAUUAUAGUACUGAUUGAUCUCAUUUCCAUUCAUAAUUCCAUUUUUUCUGCUCAGUUGAAGAAAUGGCAUUUCCCUUGAAGAUGAAAUUUUAUUUUAUAUUAUCAUAAUAUUGCAAGAGACAUUCUGUCGGGUAUCACCUGAACAUUGAUUCUGAAAGGCAGUACACAAAUGAGGGUCUUGAAAUGUGCAAAGUUUCAAAACAUGUUGUUGUGUAUCUAAACAGUGACAUUUCAAAACAAACAUGUGCCCUGUACUUCUACUCCGGUCCUUCCAUCGUAGCAAGUCAAAUUUUGGAAUGUCUUAGAACAGCUAGCAUCAUGCAAAAUUUUAUAUUGUAAGCUCCAUGGUUUUAUUUGUAGUGAUAACCUCAACUUCCCUUGCUAGAUAUUGCCUUAAGUCCAGCAAUGUACAUUUUAAAUAUUGUUUUCAAGAGAUUCAAAAAUAAUGUCAGACAUUGUGUCAUUAUUGUUAUCUUAGAUGGAUGCCCUUGGAUUGAAAAAGUUGUAACUAUAUGGAUAUAAGGUCCUAUGUAAUGUUUAUUAAACCCUAUGACUCCUGAGCGCGCUUUUACUCACGCUUCCAAAUAGGGUGUACAUUUUUUCCCACAAAAGGCUCUGAAAGUCGCCAUGUUUUGUCAAAUGACACUUUAUGUUGCUUGUAUGAAGUUUUUUAUCCUAUGAUUCAAUUUCAAUUGGUUUUUUCGCCACUUUGGACUAACUAUUUGGCCGUAUUUCCUCGUUGUUCUAAUGAUAACCUUUAAAAAUGGUGUCAGACACAAAUGGGGUUGAUCAAAAUAUAUUCAAAGUAAGUACUGGAUUUAGCGAUGAUUCAGGUUAAGUAAAGAUUAGUUCGAUACUGGCAUCAAUUCAGAGUUUGAGCAUGCAGAUACACGGUGUGCUGGUCAAGAAAAUCAGAGAUAAUAUCGAAGAAAGAGAGCAAGCAGGUGCUUUGGUGGCCACAAGAUGUACAUUGUCAACUGUGAGAGUCUGCUUUUGGCAAACAACUCUUCAAACAAACACUAAGUUAAUACAUAUAUAAUUUAUAUGUUUUUUGAAACCCUGAUAUGUCUACUUUCUAAAUAUGUAUGAUUAUAGGUACUUUUACCUGACAAGGAACUUUUGAGAUGUUAUUCAGUGUAUGUAUGUCAAAACUGAAGCAAUAUUAGAGAAAAGUUCAGGAGUCAAUGGGUUAAAGGAGGAACAGCAGUGAUUUGUCUCUAGUUAACAUAGGCAAUUUGCACUAAGAGGCAUGUGACAUCGUUCUUAUGAAAAUGAAAGUUGUAUGAUUUUGCCUUCCAAAAACAAUUAGUGGGUCAUAUCUUAAACAAAAUAAUGGUGAUUUGGUUUUUCAAACCCGCACCAUUUUCUUAAAAUGAAUAUGUUUGUAAAUGGUCAUGUGACUAAAAUGUGAUUUUUAAAAUUAUGAAUUACCUCUCUCUGAACACAAAUUUUGCACUUAAACUUCAAGGAAAAUGUUGAAAAGAUGAUGUGAUAACAUUUACAGCACACCUGAGCGUAACUAUGAAACGUUGAACAAGAUAUAAGCAAGAAGUAGUUUUGGCCACCAUGUUGGAGGGCAAGAGCGUAAAUCAGCGAUAAAUCAUGUGCAGUGAGUGCUUUAAACAACUUCAUAAAUAAAUGUCCCCAGUGCAUUUUUUUCAUUUCAAUAGGUUUGCUAAACAGUGCAUUUUUUAUUUUUAAAUGUGACAGUUGAUUGAAAAAAGUCAAACAAAAGCAGCAAACAUAACAAAUGUUUGAAGUACAAUACGGCUUUCCAAAUUUAAAAAAAUUCACAGUUAACCGCCUGCACAAGACGAAAAUGUGCCCAAGUAGAGUGUUCUGACCAGUCAAUGGUUUUUUGUUCUUUGAAGGAUGAAAUUUUUUUUAAAACUUUAUCUGGAAGAUAAAUUUUUUCAUUUUUUUUGACUUUUCACUUAUUUGCAAAUUAGGAGAACUGUUAUAUAAAAUUUCAUAUCUAUUAGUACUCUUUACAUAAAAUGUCCAUCCUAUAUUGGUAUUCCAUUGUUUCAGUCAUUCAACCUCGUAUAUCCCCUGAGGCUGAAUUCAAAUCCCUCGCCUGUCUUUUCAGUUUACAGAGUUUUCAGGGUGUAAAGGUCCUUACACAUUAUUAAAUCCGCCGAGUCAAUUGGACAAUAUGCCUACUGAACAUUAAUGAGUUUUUUAAACUACAUAUGAUAUUAAACAUGUGGUUUGUCAAUGCAUCUGUCUCAAUUCCAGUAAAGGUACUCUUAUCAUUGACAAACUGAUGUGCACACUGGAUUAUGCUAACAGCAAUACCAAACUGUUAAAACCUGUGUUCUCAAUGAUCAUGCUCAAUUCUUCAAAGUCUGCCUUUUAAUUUGUCAACCUUAAAAUAGAAUUUAUUGUGAAAUAGUUACCAGGCAAAAAAAUAGUGGAGUCAGAAAGAAAACAAAAAAACCUCUACGUUAUUACAUGAAGUGCUUGAAGGCACAUGGAAAUUUUAAGGUGUGCAAGACGAGGGUGCAAGAGGUUAAAAUAAAAAAAAUGGAGCAAUAAACUUUUCAUGCAGAUGUUUCAUGAUCUCACUUAAACUUAGGGGAAACCAUAAACACAAAUCUAGUAAAAACACUUCUGCUUAUUUAGCACACUGCCAGCAGACAUUAGUCAGUUUCAAUGUCAUGGUGACCAAAACAGUGGCAGCUUGGAGUACUGUUAUCUAAUGCUUAUUUUGUACAAGCAGAACAUUUUUUAUCAUCAAGUCCAAUAUGUGAUGUUUAACCAAACCAUUUUGAGUACAAUCUAACUGUAGUACAGUGGACAUUAUUAAUUAUUUUUAUUGUCUAUGUCAAUCUCACUGUCUUGCCGCAGUCUCUUUAGGCCUUGGAACUACUUACAUCUGUUUGUCUUCUGUGUUUGUUUCUUUUUUUUUUUUAGCACAUUUGUUUGUCCAACGGAGAUCAUUGCCUUUAGUGACAGAGUUGAAGAAUUCCGUGCCAUUAAUUGUGAGGUUAUUGCUUGUUCUGUUGAUUCACACUUUAGCCAUCUUGCUUGGUAAGCCCUCGUUUUUAUUUUUUAUUUUGUUCUGUGCCAGUUCAGUUUUAAUGUACUUGUCUGUUUCCAUUUCUGUAAAGUGUUAGUUGGAAGUACAUGUACACACAUUUAAGAUUAUGGUAAUAGUACUGAGUAUAGCCUGCUUUGCAGAUGUAAUCUAAUCCUGGUUAGUAUCAUCUCCAAAGCAGCACUGGUAUCUCAGGGUUUGAGCCAGCUUUAUUGCCUCAGGAGACAAUUUGUCCCUCUGUGGCCCUUGCAAAGGGACAAAUAGGCAACAGCAGGGGACAGGAAAUAUUUUAUUACAUUGCCCUUCUCCUAUCCAAAAAGUGAAAAGGCACAGUUUUUUCAAUUUUUUUUAUAGUGAGAAAAAGCCAGCAGGCUUGGAAUAAGCCACAGUGUGUAUUCUCCCUGGAGAUAUCACAUCUUUUUGAUCUUGUAUUGUUUGAUAUAUACAUGUCUGUGAAAAGUUAAAACAUUAUUUUGAGGAAACUUGUUGAGUUGAGUAAAACAUGUCGAUACUGUCAAUAGAAAUUAUGAAAGCAAAGAUGGCUAUAAUAGAGUAGUAAACAAAGUUCAUAGUGUGACCACUCAAGUAACAAAGCAAGUGGCUAGGCUAGCUGGCGACAAAAUUGUUUUGGGCCUGGCUAAAAUUUUUCUUUAAAGAGGUAGCUCCAGCCAUUCGAACAGGCUAACAAUAGGUAUUGUUUUUUUUUUUUUUUGCACGGAUAGCUUGAGCUGUUCAAAUGGCUGCAAUUUUGUUUCAAAGGCAUAGCCAGAACCGUUUGCACAGCUGACACUUUCUUUUGAAUGGAUAACUUGAGCACGUUCGAACAGAUACCCAAUCCAUUGAACGGCUGAUAAACAUCCAGCAUACAAAUGGCUAUCCUUUUUGAAAUGGCAAACCUUAAAGAGCAUUUUCGAGUGAGAGGUCACAUUUUUGGUAUUGCUGUCUCUUGUUUUAGGACUGAGAAACCACGUAAGAAGGGUGGCCUUGGGACAAUGAAUAUUCCUCUUCUGUCUGAUAUCACAAAGCAAAUUUCCAAGGACUAUGGUGUUUUGUUAGAAGACCAGGGUGUGGCACUCAGGUUAGAAGAUUUUGAAUUGCUUGUACAUAUCCUUACUCAUCUGACUCAUCUGUAAAAAUGAGAAUUUGGCCCCAGCUUCCAAAAGGCACCUCCCUCAGAUAAGUGCAGAUCCUUCCACAAUUUUUUUUAAGUUUUGAAAGGCACCAGUUAACAAUAUUAUUAUUCAUCAACACUGCAGGAAUAAUGGGAAACUUCCCAAGUUUGGAAUUGAUACAUUUGAAGCCAGCCAGCAAUAGAUAUGGCUCUGCAAAGACAUAAAAUGUUACAAAUUUUUAGGUGAGGGGCACAAACGUGCCCCCUGGACAUAAUGUCUGUAAAAUUUGGUGCUUUUGUGGAACUACAUGUAUAUUUUUUGUUGGUUAAAUUCAGGUUCUUUUAAUAUACCGAUUUAAAGGUGUUCUUUCCAGGGGUGUCAACAGAUUUUCACCAACUUUCCCCAGUGAUUUUUUCCAAAAACAUUGAUCGAUCUACCUAUCUAUCUUUGCAUCCCAUGAGACUCGUGCCGUGAAUUAUUUGCGUCUUUGAGGAUUUUUAUGCGUCAGGGACAAUUCACUGCUUGCCCAAGCCAAAAGUGUAAAAACCCCUAAGAAACUGUGAGCUUUUUUCUCUCUAGACUCAGGAAACUCAAUUAGAAACUUAGACACUCACUUGAGCUUCAUGGUGAAUAAAUUUAUUGAUAAAUCAAGCUUCACUAAAGCCUGGUUCUCAUAUGCCGCUGAUGCACCUGCGACAUGGCCGCUGGUACUACCUGGGAUACUGUUCUGAUAUGAGAACAGAAGUGGUUGGUAAUGUUUUUCCUCCCAGUCUUUACUGCCGGCAUGCCUUCGAAGUUGACUUGAGUUAAACUUCGCAGGCAUGCCGGUGGUAAAGCUCUGCGAUGGCUCGAGUUGCCGGUGUUGCAUGUUCUCAUUUGUCCAAGAAGUAGCCCAGGCGGCACUGACGGCUACAACGCAGGUGCAUUGGCGGCAUAAUUAUGAGAACGAGGCUUAGGUGUGAUAAAAUUUGGUUGUACAUGUAGUAAUGAUUGUUUACCUACCGUAGAGGUUUAUUUAUCGUUGAUGACAAGGGCAUCCUACGUCAGAUCACCAUGAAUGACUUACCAGUGGGAAGGUCAGUUGAUGAGGUUCUCCGUUUGGUUCAAGCUUUUCAAUUUACAGAUAAACAUGGAGAAGGUAGGGAGCUGCCAACAUUUUUGUGUGUCUGUACUUAUUAUAUACAGUAAUAUUCUUAAUUUCUGCUGCACGUUGAGCUACAAUACUCGGCACAUUAGUUGAACAGUACUGAUAAUUAUGUUCUGCUCCCUCAAUGUUGGUUUUUGUGAGCAUCACAGAAGCAAAAAAUUCAACACUGGGAGGGAAGGAGAACAAUGUUUUGUUGCAAUAUUGGUGCUGCACCAGGUGUCCCAACUUAAUGUUAGAAGGAUUGUAGCUGGUUUUUGUGGAAAUUUUGUGGGAAAGAAAACAUGAGAAAUAAUGUUAAGGUUGGUCUUCUGCAACUUUAACUGUUUCCAGACCAUCCUGCAUCAGACUGCUAGUAGUCUUUUUUGUUGGUUAAAAAAAACUUGAAUCACACACAUUUUGCUUGCCCUUGUUCACUUCUUAGUUAGUGAUUUAGUUGUAAGAUGGCUUCACCUGGUGCCCUUCCCUUAAAACAAAUGCCGAGUGAGCUUUAUUAUUGCCCAGCCUGGAAAUCCACUUGUCCCAGAUUGUAAAACAAGACCCUUUCAGAGUCCUUCCUUUUAGUUAACCCUUUAAGCCCUAAUAGUGAUCAGCAUCAAAUUUCUCCUUGUAAUAUCAAUGCUUUGUAAAACAGAGUGGUUAUGAGAAUUACGGACAUGAUCACAGAAGAUGAAUUUGCUUGAUAUUUCAUCAACUUCUCCCCACUAUUUCUGUAGUGAUUGAAUAGUGGCAACAAAUGAUAAUUCAAGUUUUGAUCUUAGGGUUUAAAGGGUUGAUGGAGUCAAUUCUUGGCAGAACUGGAGAGAGAGUAGCCUCUUUGGUUUAUCACGCAAUCCUUCCCAACAAACGUCGGGAAAGAAUGCGUGACAAAGCCUUAUAAUAACAUGUGCAUGGGAGGCUAGAGAUAGAGCAAACAAACCAAGAAGGGAACUGGAGUCGGCACCUCCCCUGUUUGCUUUGUUCAUUCACACGUAACAAGCUUGCCCUUGUGAAAAACCUGAAGGGGCUGCUACUGUAGCAGUUUAAUUCAACAUCCCCUAACUACUGGAAACGUGAAACUGGAAACAUUCCUGACCAUCAUUCACUUCUACACUGUACCUUCCAAACUUCUUCCAAAUAUCAGUCACAUAAUAAUAAUUAUGGCCAGCAAUUUUAACGCGUUGAUGAAUUCCCGGCAUGGGUAUAAGUUUAAAAGCAACAGAUUUAAAUAAGCUGCUCGUAUUAUGGAGUGUGGUGAACCAUGGGUGAGGGGAAAAACUACAUGUUAUUGUACAGUCAUGUAUGCUCUUUUUAGAACCAGAAUAGAAGUCCUUAAAUGUAGCCAUAAAAAGUCUUCAGUAUCAUUUUAUGCUUUUUUUUCCAAACUUUGUCCAGCAUAAUAGGCCACUUCUGAGUUCCAUAAACCCUCACUUUCAAAAAGAGGCCAAGUGCAGAACCUUUCGUGUGAAAAUGAGUUUUAUUUGCAUGAGAAUGAAAAAUCAUUUCCAUAUCAAAGGCUGAGCACUUAACCUCGUUUUGAUACAGAGGCCCGGGGGAACUCGGAAAUGGCCUAUUAUUAUCAUUUUUGAUGACGUUUUCUCUGUAAUAAAUUUCAGUUUGUCCUGCUGGUUGGCGCCCAGGAAAUGAUACAGUAAGUAUUAACCCCUUUGUCAUUAGUAGCAAAAGAAAAUCUCCCUUUUCUCUCUCCCAUGAAUUUUUUUUAGUACGGAGAAGAAACAUGUUACUGCAGGAUCGAAGAAACUUAAUAACAAAGGCUAACCUUUACAUUUACAUUUUACAUGUAUUGGGUCGGUAAAAUCGUUAAGAUAUCACACCAACUGUAAAAAUGAAAACAAAAAAUAAAGAAAUGAAAUAACUAAAUGAAUAAAAUACAGAUUUAUUAAUAUAUGAAAUAAUGAUAAAAAAGUUAAAUAAAGAAAACUAUAUAAACUGUAUAUAGCUAUUAUUUGAGAAAAGCUGGUAACCUGUAUUUAAAAGUUCCUAAAGAGGUUGAUGAAACAAUUGCCUCAAGGAGGCAGUUCCAGUCUGCAAAAGUUUUUGGAAAAAACCAAAAUUUAAAAACGUCUUUAUUUGCAUAUGGCGCGCGAAAUUUAAAUAAUAAUUGAUGGCUUCCCCUCGUGCGACUCUUGGAGUGUUGAAUUAAGACCGUGAGUUAGUUUGUACAUAAGUGUUUACCUACACUUGUAAAUUGCACUUGUAGACGUUUUACUUAAUUGGCCUCAGGCUUUCUUGUUGCUCUAGCUUGUGAGCAUAAAGAUGCGCAAAGACUAAAGGUUUAGGUGCAUCUGAUAAGUUACAGUGUAUAUGAAUAAAUUUAUUGAUAAAUCAAGCUUCACUAAAGCCUGGUUCUCAUAUGCCGCUGAUGCACCUGCGACAUGGCCGCUGGUACUACCUGGGAUACUGUUCUGAUAUGAGAACAGAAGUGGUUGGUAAUGUUUUUCCUCCCAGUCUUUACUGCCGGCAUGCCUUCGAAGUUGACUUGAGUUAAACUUCGCAGGCAUGCCGGUGGUAAAGCUCUGCGAUGGCUCGAGUUGCCGGUGUUGCAUGUUCUCAUUUGUCCAAGAAGUAGCCCAGGCGGCACUGACGGCUACAACGCAGGUGCAUUGGCGGCAUAAUUAUGAGAACGAGGCUUAGGUGUGAUAAAAUUUGGUUGUACAUGUAGUAAUGAUUGUUUACCUACCGUAGAGGUUUAUUUAUCGUUGAUGACAAGGGCAUCCUACGUCAGAUCACCAUGAAUGACUUACCAGUGGGAAGGUCAGUUGAUGAGGUUCUCCGUUUGGUUCAAGCUUUUCAAUUUACAGAUAAACAUGGAGAAGGUAGGGAGCUGCCAACAUUUUUGUGUGUCUGUACUUAUUAUAUACAGUAAUAUUCUUAAUUUCUGCUGCACGUUGAGCUACAAUACUCGGCACAUUAGUUGAACAGUACUGAUAAUUAUGUUCUGCUCCCUCAAUGUUGGUUUUUGUGAGCAUCACAGAAGCAAAAAAUUCAACACUGGGAGGGAAGGAGAACAAUGUUUUGUUGCAAUAUUGGUGCUGCACCAGGUGUCCCAACUUAAUGUUAGAAGGAUUGUAGCUGGUUUUUGUGGAAAUUUUGUGGGAAAGAAAACAUGAGAAAUAAUGUUAAGGUUGGUCUUCUGCAACUUUAACUGUUUCCAGACCAUCCCGCAUCAGACUGCUAGUAGUCUUUUUUGUUGGUUAAAAAAAACUUGAAUCACACACAUUUUGCUUGCCCUUGUUCACUUCUUAGUUAGUGAUUUAGUUGUAAGAUGGCUUCACCUGGUGCCCUUCCCUUAAAACAAAUGCCGAGUGAGCUUUAUUAUUGCCCAGCCUGGAAAUCCACUUGUCCCAGAUUGUAAAACAAGACCCUUUCAGAGUCCUGCCUUUUAGUUAACCCUUUAAGCCCUAAGAGUGAUCAGCAUCAAAUUUCUCCUUGUAAUAUCAAUGCUUUGUAAAACAGAGUGGUUAUGAGAAUUACGGACAUGAUCACAGAAGAUGAAUUUGCUUGAUAUUUCAUCCUUCUCCCCACUAUUUCUGUAGGGAUUGAAUAGUGGCAACAAAUGAUAAUUCAAGUUUUGAUCUUAGGGUUUAAAGGGUUGAUGGAGUCAAUUCUUGGCAGAACUGGAGAGAGAGUAGCCUCUUUGGUUUAUCAGGCAAUCCUCCCCAACAAACGUCGGGAAAGAAUGCGUGACAAAGCCUUAUAAUAACAUGUGCAUGGGAGGCUAGAGAUAGAGCAAACAAACCAAGAAGGGAACUGGAGUCGGCACCUCCCCUGUUUGCUUUGUUCAUUCACAUGUAACAAGCUUGCCCUUGUGAAAAACCUGAAGGGGCUGCUACUGUAGCAGUUUAAUUCAACAUCCCCUAACUACUGGAAACGUGAAACUGGAAACAUUCCUGACCAUCAUUCACUUCUACACUGUACCUUCCAAACUUCUUCCAAAUAUCAGUCACAUAAUAAUAAUUAUGGCCAGCAAUUUUAACGCGUUGAUGAAUUCCCGGCAUGGGUAUAAGUUUAAAAGCAACAGAUUUAAAUAAGCUGCUCGUAUUAUGGAGUGUGGUGAACCAUGGGUGAGGGGAAAAACUACAUGUUAUUGUACAGUCAUGUAUGCUCUUUUUAGAACCAGAAUAGAAGUCCUUAAAUGUAGCCAUAAAAAGUCUUCAGUAUCAUUUUAUGCUUUUUUUUCCAAACUUUGUCCAGCGUAAUAGGCCACUUCGGAGUUCCAUAAGCCCUCACUUUCAAAAAGAGGCCAAGUCCACAACCGUUCUUGUGAAAAUGAGUUUUAUUUGCAUGAGAAUGAAAAAUCAUUUCCAUAUCAAAGGCUGAGCACUUAACCUCGUUUUGAUACAGAGGCCCGGGGGAACUCGGAAAUGGCCUAUUAUUAUCAUUUUUGAUGACGUUUUCUCUGUAAUAAAUUUCAGUUUGUCCUGCUGGUUGGCGCCCAGGAAAUGAUACAGUAAGUAUUAACCCCUUUGUCAUUAGUAGCAAAAGAAAAUCUCCCUUUUCUCUCUCCCAUGAAUUUUUUUUAGUACGGAGAAGAAACAUGUUACUGCAGGAUCGAAGAAACUUAAUAACAAAGGCUAACCUUUACAUUUACAUUUUACAUGUAUUGGGUCGGUAAAAUCGUUAAGAUAUCACACCAACUGUAAAAAUGAAAACAAAAAAUAAAGAAAUGAAAUAACUAAAUGAAUAAAAUACAGAUUUAUUAAUAUAUGAAAUAAUGAUAAAAAAGUUAAAUAAAGAAAACUAUAUAAACUGUAUAUAGCUAUUAUUUGAGAAAAGCUGGUAACCUGUAUUUAAAAGUUCCUAAAGAGGUUGAUGAAACAAUUGCCUCAAGGAGGCAGUUCCAGUCUGCAAAAGUUUUUGGAAAAAACCAAAAUUUAAAAACGUCUUUAUUUGCAUAUGGCGCGCGAAAUUUAAAUAAUAAUUGAUGGCUUCCCCUCGUGCGACUCUUGGAGUGUUGAAUUAAGACCGUGAGUUAGUUUGUACAUAAGUGUUUACCUACACUUGUAAAUUGCACUUGUAGACGUUUUACUUAAUUGGCCUCAGGCUUUCUUGUUGCUCUAGCUUGUGAGCAUAAAGAUGCGCAAAGACUAAAGGUUUAGGUGCAUCUGAUAAGUUACAGUGUAUGCCUUUUAAAUGGAUUGUGAUCGCUUGUUUAAAAAUGACCACAAGUAGGUUAAAUUAUUUAAUAAUUUAAUAAUGCCAUGAAGUUCCUUCUCCCUCAUCCCUGUCAAGUGUGGCUCCAUGUAACAGCUAUUCUUGCUAAUUUUUAAUUUCAGAUUGUUCCAGAUGCUAAGAAAAGUGCAGAUUACUUCUCUAAACAGUCAUAG